AGUGCUGUCCCAGCGGUAUCAGCAGGGCGCCGCGCCAACUCUGAGGGCUGUCUAAAUUCGUCGGCCUGCCCCCUCCCCCACUCCCCUUGCUGGCCCGGAGAGGGUAGGAUGGGGUGGAGCCGAGAGAGGCCGCAAUGAGGACCCUGAGAGCCAUGGCCAUGCAGAAAAUCUUCGCCCGGGAAAUCCUGGACUCCAGGGGCAACCCCACAGUGGAGGUGGACCUGCACACCGCCAAGGGCCGAUUCCGAGCAGCUGUGCCCAGUGGAGCUUCCACAGGAAUCUAUGAAGCUCUGGAACUAAGAGAUGGAGACAAAUCUCGCUACCUGGGGAAAGGGGUCCUGAAGGCUGUGGAACACAUCAACAAGACUCUAGGCCCCGCGCUGCUAGAAAAGAAACUAAGCGUGGUGGAUCAAGAAAAAGUUGACAAAUUUAUGAUUGAGCUAGAUGGGACAGAGAAUAAGUCCAAGUUUGGGGCCAAUGCCAUCCUGGGCGUGUCCCUGGCCGUGUGCAAGGCCGGAGCAGCUGAGAAGGGGGUUCCGCUCUACCGACACAUUGCAGAUCUUGCCGGGAACCCAGAGCUGAUCCUCCCAGUCCCUGCCUUCAAUGUGAUCAACGGGGGCUCCCAUGCCGGAAACAAGCUGGCCAUGCAGGAGUUCAUGAUCCUGCCCGUGGGAGCCAGCUCCUUCAGGGAAGCCAUGCGCAUCGGUGCCGAGGUCUACCACCACCUCAAGGGGGUCAUCAAGGCCAAGUAUGGGAAGGACGCCACCAAUGUGGGUGAUGAGGGCGGCUUUGCACCCAACAUCCUGGAGAACAAUGAAGCCCUGGAGCUGCUGAAGACAGCCAUCCAGGAGGCUGGUUACCCCGACAAGGUGGUGAUUGGCAUGGACGUGGCAGCAUCCGAGUUCUAUCGCAAUGGGAAGUAUGAUCUCGACUUCAAGUCACCCGAUGACCCCGCACGGCACAUCAGCGGGGAGAAGCUGGGGGAGCUGUACAAGAGCUUCAUCCAGCACUAUCCUGUGGUCUCCAUCGAGGACCCUUUUGACCAGGAUGACUGGGCUACCUGGACCUCAUUCCUCUCGGGGGUCAACAUUCAGAUCGUGGGGGAUGACCUCACAGUCACCAACCCCAAGAGGAUUGCCCAGGCCGUUGAGAAGAAGGCCUGCAACUGCCUGCUGCUGAAGGUCAACCAGAUUGGCUCAGUGACCGAAUCCAUCAAGGCCUGCAAACUGGCUCAGUCUAACGGCUGGGGGGUGAUGGUGAGCCACCGCUCCGGGGAGACCGAGGACACGUUCAUCGCUGACCUGGUGGUGGGGCUCUGCACGGGACAGAUCAAGACUGGUGCCCCGUGCCGCUCAGAGCGUCUGGCCAAAUACAACCAGCUCAUGAGGUACAGUGGGAGCACUGGGCCUGGGUGUAAGGAACUGAGGGCUCUUGGGUUGGAAUAUCACAGCCCUGACUUUGUCUGCCUUCCAGGAUUGAGGAGGCUCUCGGGGACAAGGCUGUUUUUGCUGGACGCAAGUUCCGUAACCCAAAGGCCAAGUAAGAAGCUGGAGGCCCCAGGAGCCAACAGGACAGAUCUAGGCCUUCAAGCCCUUCCCCCUGAAAUAAACACUGGUGCCAACCAAGGCAGUGGCCUGCUUGUUUGUGGGAGCGAGGGAGGAGAUGCUGAUCUCUGGGCUGGAUGA